UCUGGCAACCCGAUCAAAUAGACGUCAGUGUGGUAUACGGAGGAGUUUGCUUCUGGUAGCUUUUGUUCAGUUGCUGUUAAACUACAAAUCAGUCUAUACUUGAUAUAGCACUGACCGUAACAACAUACAUGGACAGACUUUUAUUUGAAAAGCGAGCCAUUUAGGAAUCAAAAGACGACCCUGGAUUGAACCAAACUUGUCACUGGUUGGACCGACGCUAAUCCUCCACACAUUUCCACUGGUUUUAACGCAUCGCUUCUCAAGAUGAAAACCAUGUUUGUAGUCGGGCUCCACCACUGACCUGCUAACUGCACUACAAACAUGGAGAGGAAACGCCGAAAGAAAUGAAUCAAGCUGCUCAGGACUUAAAAAAUGUGGACUCAAUCACCGAGCUCUGGACUUGAAAUGCUGGGUCCCAAUUCUUAACACCGGAUCCUGCGUUCAGUAACACUUAAUUCAUUACCCAGCCUUACCCCUAUCUAAUGGUGUGGGUCUACCAAGGAACCGCCAUGCCUCUGCAUCCCAUCGGGGUGUCCCUGUUGUUGGGGCUGCUGCUCGGCCUUCUGCCCAUGGUGGGAACGGAGGCAGAGGGCGGAGCCCAGCAGCCUUAUGACCCUCCCACCAGCACAGAGGCCCCGCCCUCCUCCUCCGGCUCCAAUUGCUCCGACCUCACGGUGAAGCUGGAGUUCUCCACUCGGGUGGUGGAACACGAGUACAUCGUCGCCUUCACUGGCUACUUCUCCGCCAAAGCCCGUAGCCUGUACAUCAGCAGCGCCCUGAGGAACGCCGCGGACGGGGUCUUGGAGUGGCACAUUGUUCCCCGGGAGAACCCGGCCUCUGACUUCCCCAGCGACUUUGAGGUGGUCCACAUGCGGCAGGCGUCGCAUAGCAACCUGGUGACGCUGGAGGACCACCCGUACAUCAAGCGCGUCACACCACAGCGCAAAGUGUUCCGGACCCUAAAGUACACCCCAUCACCUGAACCCAGCGGCCCUUGCAAUGACACUCGUUGGACGGAGAAGUGGCAGUCGUGGCAGACAUCCCGCCCCCUCCGGCGGACCAGCCUAUCCAUAGGCUCCGGGUUCUGGCACGCCACAGGCCGCCACUCCAGCCGCCGCCUGCUGCGGGCCAUCCCUCGCCACGUGGCCCAGAUCCUCCAGGCCGAUGUUCUCUGGCAGAUGGGACACACCGGUUCUGGGGUGAAGGUGGCAGUGUUCGACACAGGCCUUAGUGAGAAGCACCCUCAUUUCAAGAACGUGAAGGAGAGGACCAACUGGACCAACGAAAAGACUCUGGAUGAUGGGCUGGGUCAUGGCACCUUCGUUGCGGGAGUGAUUGCCAGCAUGAGGGAGUGCCAGGGCUUCGCCCCAGACUCGGAGCUUCACAUCUUCAGGGUCUUCACCAACAAUCAAGUGUCUUACACUUCCUGGUUCCUUGAUGCCUUUAACUACGCCAUCCUGAAGAAGAUCGACGUUCUCAACCUCAGCAUCGGGGGGCCUGACUUCAUGGACCACCCCUUUGUUGACAAGGUGUGGGAGCUCACCGCCAACCGCGUCAUCAUGGUCUCUGCUAUCGGCAACGACGGACCUCUGUACGGCACGCUGAACAACCCCGCCGAUCAGAUGGACGUGAUCGGGGUGGGGGGCAUCGACUUUGAGGACAACAUCGCCAGGUUUUCCUCCCGAGGAAUGACCACAUGGGAGCUACCAGGGGGCUACGGCCGCGUGAAGCCGGACAUCGUGACCUACGGCUCGGGGGUGCGGGGGUCCGGGAUGAAGGAGGGCUGCCGCUCCCUGUCGGGCACCAGCGUGGCCUCGCCCGUGGUGGCGGGGGCCGUCACCCUGUUGGCCAGCACUGUGCUGAACCGGGAGCUGAUCAACCCCGCGUCCAUGAAGCAGGCUUUGAUGGCGUCAGCCCGCAGGCUGCCCGGGGCCAACAUGUUCGAACAAGGCCACGGGAAACUGGACCUGAUAAGGGCCUACCAGAUCCUCAACAGCUACCGGCCCCAGGCCAGCCUCUCCCCCAACUACAUCGACCUGACGGAGUGUCCGUACAUGUGGCCCUACUGCUCGCAGCCCAUCUACUACGGGGGCAUGCCCACCAUCGUCAACGUGACCAUCCUCAACGGCAUGGGAGUCACCGGCAGGAUCGUAGACAAGCCUAUCUGGCAGCCCUACCUGCCCCAGAACGGGGACCACAUCGACGUGGCCAUGUCCUACUCGGCCGUGCUGUGGCCAUGGGCAGGCUACCUGGCCAUCUCCAUCUCUGUGGCCAAGAAGGCGGGGUCGUGGGAGGGCGUGGCCCAGGGUCACGUGAUGGUCACGGUGGCGUCGCCGGCGGAGAACGACUCGGCGGUGGGCGGGGAGCUGACCUCCACCGUCAAGCUGCCCAUCAAAGUGAAGAUUGUACCGACGCCUCCCCGCAGCAAGAGGGUGCUGUGGGACCAGUACCACAACCUGCGCUACCCGCCCGGCUACUUCCCCCGAGACAACCUGCGCAUGAAGAACGACCCGCUGGACUGGAAUGGGGACCACAUUCACACCAACUUCCGGGACAUGUACCAACACCUGCGGAGCAUGGGCUACUUUGUGGAGGUGCUGGGUGCGCCCAUCACCUGCUUCGACGCCAGCCAGUACGGCACUCUGCUGCUGGUGGACAGCGAGGAGGAGUACUUCCCCGAGGAGAUCACCAAGCUGAGGAGGGACAUCGACAACGGCCUGUCCCUCAUCGUCUUCAGCGAUUGGUACAACACCUCCGUCAUGAGGAAGGUCAAGUUCUACGACGAGAACACCAGGCAGUGGUGGAUGCCGGACACGGGGGGCGCCAACAUACCGGCCCUGAACGAGCUGAUCUCUGUGUGGGGGAUGGCCUUCAGCGACGGGCUCUACGAGGGAGACUUCACCAUGGCAGAUCACGACAUGUACUAUGCCUCAGGCUGCAGUAUCGCCCGCUUCCCUGAAGAUGGAAUAGUGAUCGCCAAAAAUCUUAAAGACCAAGGUCUGGAGGUGUUGAAGCAGGAGACCGCAGUAGUGGAAGGAGUUCCAAUCCUUGGACUGUACCAAACGCCAUCUGACGGGGGCGGCCGUAUUGCUCUGUAUGGAGACUCCAACUGUAUAGAUGAUAGCCACAGGCAAAAAGAUUGUUUCUGGCUGCUGGAUGCGCUGCUGCAGUACACAUCUUAUAGCAUGACUCCCCCUAGUCUGGUCCACUCCCACAGCAGAGUAUCGGCCCCUCAAGGCACAGACCGCCCACUGCCACAAAGACUGGAAGGCAACCAUCUCUAUCGUUACUCUAAGGUGCUGGAGCCACACCUGGGCGAUCCUAAGCCCCGCCCCUUACCUGCCUGCCCUCACCUGUCCUGGGCUAAGCCCCAGCCACUCAAUGAGACAGCGCCCAGUAAUCUGUGGAAGCACCAGAAGCUGCUCUCGGUGGACCUGGACAAGGUGGCUCUGCCCAACGUGAGGCCCUACCGGCCCCAGGUCAGGCCUCUGUCUCCUGGGGAGAGUGGGGCCUGGGACAUCCCUGGUGGGAUAAUGCCUGGCCGCUACAACCAGGAAGUGGGCCAGACCAUCCCCGUCUUUGCGUUCCUGGGCGCCAUGGUGGUCCUGUCCUUCUUUGUGGUACAGCUGACCAAAGCCAAAAGCAAACCCAAGCGCAGGAAGCCCCGUGUGAAGCGCCCCACCUACUUACAGCAGCAGAGCCCCGCCCCCAACGCCACCGCCACCAUGGCAACAGGCAAGAGCCCCACCGUUUGAUUGGACCUAUGGCUGCUGAACGCGGCCUGAUGCGUGGGAGUGGACACCAUGAGGCCUAAUGCAUGGAUCAUGGCAGAAUGACCCAUGAACUCUACCGAUGCUGAGACCCAAGGGCACAGGAGGGGGAAUCCAGCUUUUCUUAAACACAAACACUAUCAGACUGCUUUCCCAUUUUUUUCCAUCGGUUCUUGAAUGGUUCUGUGCCUAAUGGUUAUCAAAGUCUGUGUGACCUGUGUGUAUCUGCGUAGAGUAUUGAGCUGUUUUGGACAGUAUUACACACACAUUCACAUAAUGACACUACAUACAAAACCGACCAGGAGAUCAGUCCACUUUCAAGGAAAUGGAAAAUGUUGCCCAAAAUUCUUACAUUGUUCAUUUAAAGAAAGGGAUAUUCUUUGCUUGACUUUUCUUUGACUGAAACGUCUCCAUGACAUUUUUAUAUUUAUUGCAUUUGUUUGUAUUCAAAUGCAUAUUCCAUAAAACUAAACGCGGCAACGCUUUGACAUUGACAACCUUUAUACAUACACACUCACAGGUAUUUACAAAUGACCCAUCCCUCGACCUCAUCUUGGUGUUUUUGUAUAUUUCAUUUGUCUUAAUUGGUAUCGUUUUGUCCAUCUAUGAACUCUUAUGAACAGCCUUUCUGUUAACCUAUUCCCUACAAUGAUUCACGAUUUCACUGUAUAUAAAAUAGCAUUGACAAACUGUUGAAAAUGUAUUUCAUCAAUAAAAAAAAAGGCAUCA